GCACUGACUGUCUCUGACUGCUCCACACGCACACAUACACGCAGACACGCAUGACUUUAGUUGUGAAUGGCCCAGACGCUUGACACGCUGGUUGGGCGAGAAGCAGCCGUGAGUCCGGCUCUGCUACCUGCUGCAGACCGAGCUUGCGCCGGGAGCACCCCGGGGUGUCGCUACUGUGACUGCACCCUGCGUUUGGACUGAAUGUGGCCGCUUUGAUCGGUGCAGUUAUUUUCGGAGUCACUCUCUGUAAGCUAUUUCGGAGCGACUGGAAACGCGCAGACUGGUAAUUUGGAGUAAGGAGCCGCACGGAGCGCUGCAGCAGCAGCACCAGCAGGCAGACAGGGAACCGGAGCAACAGCAGCAGCAGCAGAGAAGAAACGACUGUGAUGCCAAAGCUGGUCAUAAAAACAAAGGUUCAAGUCUAGAAAAGAGAGCUGCUGGGUGUCCCCUCUGGAGAGGGUUUGGGACUGUGGUUCAGCCCAGCGAAAUGUAGCGCCUCGCUGCCCUCAAAGCCGGAUUUGUUGUCUGCUCAUGAUUCUUCUGUAGUCGAGUCCAGGGCAUCUGCUGCAGUCAUGUUUAGAAACAGCUUGAAGAUGCUGCUGACGGGGGGGAAGGCAAAUCGCAAGAGUCGCAGCAGUGAUGGUGGGAGCGAGGACUUGGCAGACCCCCGCUCGCCCAGUCUAGACCCUCACCUGAGCCACAUCGGCCAAGGUGGCAGCAUAGACAGCGACUGUGCCUUUGAAGGAGACUACGCCGUGCCCCCGCUUUCAAUGACUGAGGGCAUGCAGCAUAUUCGCAUAAUGGAGGGCGUGUCACGCUCUCUGCCCUCCUCCCCGCUGCUCACCCAUCAGACCAUCAGUGUCAGGCUGCAGCCAAUGAAGAAGCUCACAGCCCCUCUGCGGAAAGCAAAGUUUGUGGAGAGCCCUCGCAUUCCACAAUCAGAGCUUGGCUCCCCUACACACACCUCCACCACUGCCAAGAAUCCAGACCUGGACACAUACUGCCCUGGGGAGUCAAGCCAGGAGCUGGGCCCCCCUCCGUCCGUGGAUGAGGCAGCCAACACAUUGAUGACGCGCCUGGGUUUCCUUCUCGGAGACAAACUGAGCGAGGGGCCAGCCGGUACCCAGUAUAGCAUGGAGGAACCCGAGGCGAGACAGGGCCAGAACCAGAGGAUCAGCCCGUGUUCCACCCUGACCAGCAGCACUGCCUCCCCACCUGCAGGCAGCCCCUGCUCAACCCUCCCCCCUGCCAUGCCCGGCCAGGCUGGCAACAGGGACUGCGCCUACGGUUCUGUCACUAGUCCCACCUCGACACUGGAGAGCAGGGACAGCGGGAUUAUCGCAACUCUGACCAGCUAUUCGGAGAACAUGGAGCGAGGCAGCAAAUACGGAGAGGGCUCGCGGGGAAACCUGAAACUGUGGCAGUCUCAGAAAUCAGGCAUGGACUCGUUCCUAUACAGGGUGGAUGAAAACAUGACCGCCUCCACCUACAGCCUCAACAAAAUCCCUGAGCGCAACCUGGAGAGCAUGUCCUCCCAUUCUGCCCACUCCAUCCCUCUGUACCUCAUGCCCCGCCCUAAUUCUGUGGCUGCUACCAGUUCGGCCCACCUGGAGGAUCUAGCAUACCUGGAUGAGCAGAGGCACACUCCAUUACGCACCUCGCUGCGCAUGCCCAGACAGAGCACCACCUGCGGGCCGGGUCGCUCCGGGCAGGAUCUGAGAGCUUCUGCAAAUAGCACCCAUGCCUGGCAAUCGCAGUCACUACGUUUUGCUCCCUAUCGGCCUCAAGACAUCGCCCUCAAACCUCUGCUGUUUGAGGUGCCCAGCAUCACCAUGGACUCGGUCUUCACCGGCCGCGAAUGGCUCUUCCAAGAGAUCGACGCCCACCUCAACAACCCCAACGUCAGCACCAACCAGGGCGUGGUGAUAGUAGGCAACAUCGGCUUCGGCAAGACGGCGAUUAUCUCUCGCUUGGUGGCGCUCAGCUGCCACGGCACCCGCAUGAGACAGAUUGCUUCAGACAGCCCCCAGGCCUCACCCAAACAUGGAGAGGGGCUUCCUCUUACCCAACCCCAGCCUACGCAUGGCACCCUCGGAGGAGGCAGCUGUCCCGGGACCCCAGAGAUGAGGCGACGUCAGGAGGAAGCCAUGAGGAGGCUGGCAUCUCAGGUGGUGGCGUACCACUACUGCCAGGCAGAUAACGCCUACACCUGCCUGGUGCCAGAAUUUGUGCACAAUGUUGCGGCUCUUCUGUGCCGCUCACCGCACUUAGUCGCCUAUAGGGAGCAGCUGCUGAGGGAGCCACACCUGCAGAGCAUCUUGAGUCUGCGGUCCUGCGUCCAGGACCCCCUGGCCUCCUUUAGGAGAGGGGUCCUGGAGCCCUUGGAUGCACUUUACAAAGAGAGGAAGAUUAACUCUGAGGAGGAUCUCAUUAUCCUCGUUGACGGCCUCAACGAGGCUGAGUUCCACAAACCAGACUAUGGAGACACCAUUGUCUCCUUCCUCACCAAAACCAUCAAUAAGUUCCCUCCCUGGCUCAAACUGGUGGUCACAGUCAGGACAACGCUACAGGAGAUCACCAACGCGCUGCCUUUUCACCGAAUCUCUCUGGACAGCCUGGAGGAGAAUGACGCCAUAGACCAGGACCUGCAGGGCUACAUCCUGCACCGCAUCCACAGCAGCCCAGAGAUCCAGAACAACAUCUCGCUCAAUGGCAAGAUGGACAACACCACCUUCGGCAAGCUCAGCGCCCACCUCAAGGCCCUGAGCCAAGGAUCCUACCUGUACCUCAAACUCACCUUUGACCUCAUUGAGAAGGGCUACCUUGUCCUCAAAAGCUCCAGCUAUAAGGUGGUUCCAGUCAACCUGGCUGAGGUAUACCUGCUGCAGUGCAACAUGCGCUUCCCCACACAGUCAUCGUUUGAACGGGCGCUUCCCCUGCUCAACGUGGCUGUGGCCUCACUCCACCCACUGAAUGAUGAGCAGAUAUAUCAAGCCAUUAACGCUGGUUCGCUGCAGGGCACCCUGGACUGGGAAGAUUUCCAGCAGCGUGUAGAUAACCUGUCGGUCUUCCUUGUGAAGAGGAGGGAUGGCACCAGGAUGUUUGUUCACCCCUCCUUCAGAGAGUGGCUGAUCUGGAGAGAAGAAGGGGAAAAAACUAAAUUCCUCUGCGACCCUAGGAGUGGGCACACCCUUCUGGCCUUCUGGUUCUCUCGGCAGGAGAACAAGCUGAACAGGCAGCAGACGAUUGAGCUGGGCCAUCACAUCCUCAAAGCACAUAUCUUCAAGGGUCUCAGCAAGAAAGUCGGAGUUUCCUCAUCCAUCUUGCAAGGCCUGUGGGUAUCCUACAGCACAGAGGGUCUCUCAGCUGCUCUUUCUUCACUCCGAAACCUCUACACUCCAAACAUCAAGGUGAGCCGGCUGCUGAUGUUGGGCGGCGCCAAUGUGAACUACCGUACAGAGGUGCUGAACAACGCCCCCAUCCUCUGUGUCCACUCCCAUUUGGGCUACAUGGACAUGGUGGCUUUGCUGCAAGAGUUUGGCGCUUCUGUUGACUCACAGUCUGAAAGCGGCCUCACGCCGCUGGGCUACGCUGCUGCUGGCGGGCACAUGACAAUUGUGACUGCACUCUGCCGCAGGAGAGCGAAGGUGGACCACUUGGAUAAGAAUGGUCAGUGCGCGCUGGUUCACGCAGCCCUCAGGGGCCACAUGGAGGUCGUGAAAUAUCUUAUCCAGUGUGACUGGAGUAUGGGGUCGCAACAGCAACAGCAGUCACCGCAGACUCAACAACAGUCGACUUUCACCAAGAGUCACGCAGUCCAGCAGGCUCUCAUUGCAGCAGCCAGUAUGGGAUACACAGAGAUCGUGUCUUACCUGCUGGACCUGCCAGAGAAAGAUGAAGAGGAGGUGGAGCGGGCUCAGAUCAAUAACUUUGACACCCUGUGGGGAGAGACAGCUCUAACUGCAGCCUCUGGUCGUGGGAAGCUGGAGGUUUGCCGUCUGUUACUGGAGCAGGGUGCAGCUGUGGCUCAGCCCAACAGGCGAGGCAUCGUCCCACUGUUCAGCGCCGUCCGGCAGGGACACUGGCAGAUUGUGGACCUUUUACUUACACACGGAGCAGAUGUGAACCUGGCUGACAAGCAGGGUCGUACGCCUCUGAUGAUGGCUGCCUCAGAAGGACACCUGGGAACUGUUGAGUUUUUACUAGCUCAAGGAGCCUCCCUGUCGUUGAUGGAUAAGGAGGGUCUAACUGCUCUGAGCUGGGCGUGUCUAAAAGGCCAUUUACCUGUUGUCCGCUGCCUGGUGGAGAGCGGAGCCGCCACUGACCACGCGGACAAGAACGGACGCACGCCCCUCGACCUGGCUGCCUUCUACGGCGACUCUGAAGUGGUCCAGUUCUUGGUGGACCAUGGGGCCAUGAUAGAGCACGUAGACUACAGUGGGAUGCGUCCUUUGGAUAGAGCGGUGGGCUGCAGAAACACGUCCGUGGUAGUCGCCCUGCUAAAGAAAGGAGCCAAGAUAGGAUGUCAGACGCUGCCCAGUCGGCCCCGAGGUCCAGCCACGUGGGCCAUGGCCACCUCCAAACCCGACAUCAUGAUCAUCUUACUCAGCAAACUCAUUGAGGAAGGAGACAGUUUCUACAAGAAGGGGAAGGUGAAGGAGGCUGCACAGCGUUAUCAGUACGCUCUCAAAAAGUUUCCACGCGAAGGCUUCAGCGAGGACCUUAAGACAUUCAGGGAACUCAAAGUAUCGCUCUUCCUCAACCUGUCCCGAUGUCGAAGGAAAAUGAACGACUUUGGGAUGGCUGAGGAAUUUGCUACUAAAGCGCUCGAACUGAAACCAAAAUCUUAUGAGGCGUACUACGCCAGGGCACGCGCCAAGCGUAGCAGCAGACAAUUUCCCGAAGCCUUAGAGGACCUGAAUGAAGCCAUAAAGCAGUGCCCCAAUAACAGAGAAAUCCAGCGGCUGCUCCAGAGGGUGGAAGAGGAAUUCCACCAGCUUAACCAGGAGGAGCACCAGCAGCAGGACCUGGAGCUGGAGCCGCCUCCCUCACCCCCUCCUACACCUCCCCCAGAAGAGGAGGAUUCCCUGUCUCUGUCCAUGCCUCUCCCCCCUCCACCAGAGCCCCGUCUGGAAGACAUGGAGCCCGUACAGGACUUGUUUGAGGAUGAGGACUACCUGGAGCAGGAGCUGGAAGCCAUGUCUAUGGGUCUGCCCCCACCAGAGUCCCUCACAAAUCCCUCCAGCCUUCCUAUAAUUCAGAGUCCACCCCUCUCCCCCACACAUCCAGAUCAGAUUUACUUGGCUGGAGGCUCACCCAUGGGCCAGCCCUAUGAAUACCACCCCACCUCUUCCUCCAUGUCCUCCCCAACUCGGGGCUCCUACCAGCCCACGUCGCCCUCCCUCUCUCCAACACAUCAGAACUCCCAUUACAGACACAGUCCCCCUCACACCUCCCCAGUGCAUCAGCCAUCCUACCGCUUCAGUCCACCUCCUAUGGGUACCGGGGGUCAGGGGAUGGAUCACCAGAGCCCACCGCCUUCCCCUUUACGUCGGGCUGCUCAGUAUAGAGCCAGUCCACCGUUAGAAAGUGUUUGUCUGUACAGGUCUCAGUCUGGGUCACCUGUGCGCUAUCAGACAGAGCAGCUUCCUGGAAGACCCAAAUCUCCCCUCUCCAAGAUGAGCAGCCAACGUUCUUUCCAGCUGAGUUCGCAGCCCUCUUUAUCCUCGCAACACCACCAAGCCCAAGGCCUCCGUCUGCAGCCUUCCAUAGCCCAAAUAGUCCGCACAAACCAGCCCAGCAACGUAAUGGGAAAUAGUAGUUAUGGUGGCCAGAUGGGCCACUCCAUGGGUGGUCGCUAUCAAGGGGGUUCAGUGGACGUAGAGAGCCGCUUGGUGUACCAGCCCUCACUGGAUGGACGGUCAAUGUCCCAAGUCCAGGCCAGCCUCAGUUCUGGGGCCCUCUGUCAGCACGGCGGCCGAGGAGGGGUUAUGGAGUCGAGCCUGUUGAAGGAUGAGCUACCCCAGCGCCCCUCCUCUGCCUACCGCGCCAGCAGUGGGGGCCCGGGGGGCAUCCGUUACAGCCAGACACCUCAGAUAAGCCGCAGCCAGUCAGCCGCCUACUACCCAGUCUCUGAACACGUUCUUGAGCGUGCCAAUGCCAUGCCCCCCUGCCAGCUGGGCUCUCCCGAGAUCCCCCAUAUGGUUAGACGCCCUGUGAGUGCCAAUACUACUGAAAUGAAGCAGCAUGUUCCCACCCCUAGGCCUCUCAUCCAUUCUCAGAGUGUAGGCCUUCGAUUCUCACCUUCCAGCAACAACAUCUCAACUGGAUCCACCUCGAAUUUAGCCCCGGGUUUCAGGCCUUCCUCUUCCAUUCAGCAGAUGGAGAUCCCCUUACAAGCCACAUACGAGCGCACCUGUGAUGACAUCUCUCCCAUCUCUCCCUCCCAGGGUGGUGGGGGGUUGUAUCAGGGAGAGACCACUCGCUCCCGCAAUACGCCUUUUAUGGGGAUCAUAGACAAGACGGCUCGGACUCAGCAGUACCUGCAUCAGCCCUCACGGUCCAGGGCAAUGACAUCUAUGGACUCUGCCAUCAGCCCCACCUCCCCCGGUCAGCUGGUCCAGCAAGGUUCCACCUACAGUCCCCCCGCCUCACUGGGUAAUAUUGCCUACUACAACAAGACCAACAACGCCCAAAACGGACACCUGUUAGAAGAGGAUUACUACUCCCAGACUCAGCCCCCCUCUCUGGGAAAGCUGGCCAAUGGCUCCCGUGGCAGUGGGGACAUCCUGGAACGGGUCAGCCAGGUGCCCACCUACCCAGACGUGAAGGUGGCGAGGACUCUGCCCGUGGCACAGGCCUACCAGGACAACAUGUACCGACAGCUCUCGCGUGACUCCCGGACCCAAGGCCCCACCUCCCCCAUCAAACCAAAGAGACCAUUUGUGGAGUCGAAUGUGUGAUGGGCUG